AUGGCCAUCCAGAUUGUUGUAGCGCCUGAGAACGACUUCACACAGGGUGGCGGCCUCGCUUACUUCUCCGCGAGCGAUGGCACCCUCUUCCGCUUCAGCCUGCACGCGUUGUCUUUCGUGUCCCCCAGGUUCAAGGAGAUGUUUGAGGCCGCCCAGGCCGAGGCCACUUACGACAUCAUCCCAAUGACGAAUUCUACCCCCGAGGCGCUCCGCCUCCUCUUCAUCCUCAUCACCGACCGCAACUCGGAUGACGAGCCCGCCAAGGACCUCCAGUGGCCCGAGGAUGAGACGUUGGAGUCCCUUAUCACCACCAUCAACAUGUUUCAGUUCAAGGGCAUUUAUACCGCCCUUCUGAACCGCAUCGACCUCUCGUCCCCCUGGAACCGCCCCCCGCCCAUGAAGUGGUUCAUUUUUGCCAAGGUCGCCGGGCAAUACACCGGUGCCACGGAGGCGCUCUGUGCUAUGCGCGGCUACGGUCUCAACGCCACCAACAUGCCCCUGAAGCUCCUCAGCAGCCGUCCCCCGUGGAUUGUCAAGAUGAUGUCGGGCGUGGACGUGCUGCUUGACUGCCUCGACGAGUUCUGGGCCUCUCACCACGCCUGGCAGCAGAUGCUCGGCGAGUUCCAGUUCUCCCUCGAGACCGACUUUCAGCUUGAGCACGACCCUGAGGAGUGCGGCGACCUCGACUGCGACGCCUGCAACCAGUACUACGAGGGACCGGACCAGUUUGCCGUGUCGGAGGCCCGCGCCAACGGUGUCACUGAGAAGGUCUGGGCAUACCUCGAGUCUGAGGACCCAUGGCUCCUUGGCAACAUUGAUGCUUUUGUCAAGCCGCUCAACCUGAGCCCCGUGCUCUCCGACAACUUGACUGCGAAUCUGAAGCUUCUCACCUCUCACAUGUAG